AUGUUGUGCCUGGCAGUAGCGGUCAGGGCUUGCCACUUAAAUCUUCAUAAAAAUAAACAUAAAGAUUGCGACAAAAAUAAUCACAAAGAUGAUGAUUGCGACAAAAAUAAUGACAAAGAUGAUGAUUGCGACAAUGAUAGUGACAAAGAUGACGACUCUGAUGAAGAUGAUGAUUGCGAUAACAAUAAUCACAAAGAUAAACAUAAGCACAAUCACAAAGAUGAUAAUAAACAUAAUGACAAAGUUGAUGACUGCAAAGAAAAAGUUGGAUCAACUGAUCGUGGUGGUAAUAGACGUAAUUCUGAACCGAGGAGAGGAAGACAACAAUUGAAACCAGUUUAUAAAAUACCGAGACAACCAACUCAUCAGAAACCUAUGCCAAUCGGACAACCAACUCAACAGCAACCCAUUCCGAGCCAACCACAACCUAUACCGAGCCAACCAGCUCAACCGCAACCUUUACCAAGUCAACCAAUUCAAACGCAACCAGCUCCAAUACCUAGCAACCCUCAACCGACUUCACAGGUUGCUGGUGGUCUGGCGUUAGCAUCGACGAGGGGUGCCGACAGUUCUGCCGCCGCUACGUCUGGUGACGGAUCAGCUGCCGCUGGCAACCUGGUCCCCAAUGGCAGAAACGUCCUCGCCAGAUCCACCAACAUUGGCAGUAGUGCUGCCGCGACAGGCGAGAACGCUUCCGCCGCCGCUCUGAACCCUGCCAGUAGCACAAAUAACCCUGGCAACAAUCCGACAAUUCCUGACGCCAAUCCCCUAAACCCUGGCAAUAAUACACCAAAUCCUGGCAACAAUACACCAAAUCCUGGCAACAAUACACCAAUCCCUGACAACAAUACCCCAAACCCUGGCAACAAUACCCCAAACCCUGGCAACAAUACCCCAAACCCUGAUAAAAAAUGUGACAAAAAAGGCGACUUGCUAGACUUGGAUUUAAACGCAGUUUUAGACUUAGGCGGUGGUGUUAAAGAUAAAUUGCCUACAAAUUCGCUACCAGCUGCCAAUACUCUACCAACUGAUGCCAAACCCUGUGGAGAUGCCAAAGCACCAGUGGACCCCAGUUCCCUGCCAGUGAACCCCGCUUCCCUGCCAGUGAACCCCACUGGCCUGCCAGUGGACCCCACUGGCCUGCCAGUGGACCCCACUUCCCUGCCAGUGGACCCCACUUCCCUGCCAGUGGACCCCACUGGCCUGCCAGUGAACCCCAGUUCCCUGCCAGUCGACAGUGUUACUAAGUGUGCCAACCCUGAUUCUCUUAUCAGAUGCAAUAAAGGCGUCGGCGGCAAUGGAGGGGGAGAUCUAAUAAGUGGUGCAUUGGGCAAAGGCGGCAAAUUUUUUGGUGGUCUUGGUGGUCUUACUGGUGGAGCUGGCGGUCUUACUGGUGGGGCCGGUGGUCUUACUGACACAGCUGGUGGUGUAAGCCAUGCUACUGAUGCAGCUGGUGAUCUUGGUGGUCUUACUGGUGGAGCUGGUGGUAUUACUGGUGGGGCCGGUGGUCUCACUGACACAGCUGGUGGUGUAAGCCAUGCUACUGAUGCAGCUGGUGAUCUUGGUGGUCUUACUGGUGGAGCUGGCGGUCUUACUGGUGGAGCUGGUGGUCUCACUGAUACAGCUGGUGGUGUAAGCCAUGCUACUGAUGCAGCAGGUGAUCUUGGCGGUCUUACUGGUGGGGCUGGCGGUCUUACUGGUGGAGCUGACUAUCCCAUUGAAGCAGUAAAAGACAUCGGUGGCAAAAAGGUUAAUGCUUUUAAAGGAUUAAAAGACAAAGCUGGCAAUGUGAUUGGUGGCAUUACUGCUAAAAAAGUAAAUGCUAUUAAGGGGUUAAAAGGCAAUAACAUUGAAGGAGUUAAAGGCAAAGCUGGCGAUGUGAUUGGAACUAAACAAGGAAAAGGUAAAAUUACCAAAGGUAAACUUGCCAAAAGUAAACUUGCCAAAGAUAAACUUGCCAAAGGCAAACUCAGCAAAGGCAAACUCAUCAAAGGCAAACUUGCCAAAGACAAACUCGCUAAAAGCAAAAUUGCUAAAAGUAAACUCGCCAAAGGAAAACUUGCCAAAAGCAAACUCGUCAAAGGUAAACUCGCCAAAGGCAAAAAAGGAAAAGUUUUUGAUGCUGUUACCGGCGGUCGUCGUGGUGGCAAAGGAGGAUGCAACAAAAAAGGAAAAGGUGGAAAAGAUCAACCAAAUCCCGUAACUGAUGUAACUGAUCAAACAGGGGGAGUCACUGAUGGUCUUGUUGGAGGAAACCCAGCAACCGAUGUGAAACAAGCUGAAGGUGUCACAGACGUUCUUGAAAACGGAGACAAACCAGUAACUGGAGUGGCUGACGAAGUUGAAGACGUUACUGACGGUGUUGGUGAUAAUGGAUAUCCAGUAACAGGAGUGACUGACCAAACUGGAGGGACAGGUAUUAUUGAUAACGGAGAUAACCCAGUAACCGGACUAACUGAUGAAGUUGAUAGUGGAUAUCCAGCAACAGGAAUAACUGAUGAUAUUGGAGACGUCACUGAUGAACUUGGUGAAGAAACAUCAGCAAUCGAAGUGACUGAUCAAGCCGAAGAAAUCAUCGAUGGUGCCGAAGAAGGAAUCCCAGCUAGCGAUGUAAUAGACCAAUCAGAAGGAACUACUGACGAUAUUGACCAAUCAGGAUACUUGAAUGGCGAUGUGACAGACCAACCAGCGAACGUCAUUUCUGCUCCUACUAAAUGUGGAUAA